AUGUCUUAUCCAUACCAGCGAGGCAACUACCCACCAACCGACAACUCUUACAAUAAUAAUUCAUACGGCACUCCUGCUCACCCCUUCAAUGUCCAGGGACAACCGCCCUCGACACCACAGUCGGUCGCUAAUCUCAACCGUCAAUACAGCACAGACAACCUCGUCGGCGCCGGCAGCGUUGCAUCGGAGGCGGGUCCACUAAUGACUAACACGGACGCACGCGGGUUUGAAUUUAGACACCCGGAAUACGGACGUGUUAUUACGCAGGCUGAGACCUUGAUAAGAAUCGUACCAUUCUGGGAAUUGAUCAUAACAAACGCUGUAGUUCUCUCUCGACACAUAGUCACCAAGGCCACCGAAAGCAUUGCUCAGCCAAAUGCAUUAAACGUUUUCAUCUUUCACGCAUGCGAAUCAGAAAAUUUCCAGUCAGACAUUGACCUUUGCGCAGCAUCGAGGCUCGCGUGGAGUCUGUUUGGUGGGGCCGUCCUCUACUUUAUAAUCGGGACCUUGAUAUCAAUCUUCAUUGCUAUCGAGUGUAGGAGAUGUGGCUAUCCAGCAACCUUCACCGCCCUGUGGAAUUCACCCUUCUUUUUAUUUUGCUAUGUCAUUAACGAGAAGAAGAAAAUAGAUUUGUUGAGUAUUCCGAAUAGGUUGAUUAGAUUUAGAAAGUGGACUCGCGGCCACAUCCAAAGGAUUGUUAUGUGUCUAUACUGUAUUAUCACGACUGCAUUAAUAGCUUACGACUUGACGAGGAGAACAGUCGAUCAUAACGAUCUGGAUGCUAACAGGAAAUAUAACGAGAAUAAUUCAUUAUACAACAUUUAUAAUCCUUAUUUCCUUCCAUACUAUGUUGCCAUAUACUUUUACCUAAAAAUGCUUAUUAGUACUAUACUUGACAUUAGAGCACUCGUAUUUAGUGAUAAACCCGAACUGGUGGGUAUUCAUUACUCUGCCCUUAAAUUAAAGUAA